GAAAGUGAAGUUUGUGAGUGUGAGGGGAAGGAAGGCAAACGUGUCGGGUACCUGAAACCGGGUGUGACUGUCAAAAUCCCGGAGGAAACUGGAUCUGCAUUGUUUGGUGGUCGUGACGAGACUCCAGUCCGGUUCAUCGCUGCAGGGUUUCACCCACUAAUACGUCACUGAUUCAUAAUAUCUAUCAAUUUUCCUCACAAUUACAAGUCAGAUGUACUCCGAAGACGCCGUUGAGCAGAUGGAAGGGCAGGUUGUGGCGAUGCGCGUGUUGGUGACGGGUGGCAGCGGGCUGGUCGGGCGAGCCAUCGAGCGGGUGCUAAAGGAGGAGGGUGGAGCAAGAGAAGGAGAGGAGUGGAUAUUCCUGUCAUCCAAAGAUGCCAAUCUCAUAGACGCUGAAGAGACGAGAGCAAUCUUUCAGAAGCAUCGUCCGACACACGUCAUUCAUUUGGCCGCUAUGGUGGGUGGAGUCUACAAACACAUAAGACAGAAACUGGACUUCUGGAGAAAUAACAUUCGCAUCAAUGACAACGUGCUGCAGGCGUCUCAUGAGGUCGGGGUGGUGAAGGUGGUGUCCUGUCUGUCCACAUGCAUCUUCCCUGAUAAAACAACUUAUCCCAUCGACGAGACUAUGAUCCACAACGGUCCUCCUCAUGAGUCUAAUUUUGGUUAUGGGUACGCCAAACGCAUGAUUGAUGUCCACAACAGGGCGUGUUUUCAGCAGUACGGGCGACGGUACACCGCUGGGAUCCCGACCAACAUAUUCGGACCUCACGACAGCUUCAAUAUUGAAGACUGUCACGUGCUUCCCGGACUGAUUCACAAGACAUACCUGGCAAAGAAGGAAGGGAAAGCGCUGGAGGUUUGGGGCUCCGGUCGUCCCCUGCGGCAGUUCAUCUACUCUCUGGAUCUGGCUCGUCUGUUUCUCUGGGUUCUGAGGGAAUAUGAUGAGGUGGAUCCCAUCAUACUGUCAGUGGGGGAAGAGGACGAGGUGUCCAUCAAAGAUGCUGCAGAGGCUGUGGUUGAAGCGUUUGGCUUCCAGAAUGAUGUCAUUUAUGACACCAGUAAAACAGACGGUCAGUUCAAGAAAACCGCCAGCAACGCCAAGCUACGCAAAUAUCUGCCAGACUUCAAAUUUACACCGUUUAAAACAGCCAUCAAGGAGACGUGUGAUUGGUUUGAGGCCAAUUAUGACAUCGCCAGGAAAUGAAGAAAUCAUUGGAUGUCUUGAAACUGUUCAACUAUGCUGGACAUGAGUGAUAAAACAUACAGGCCUUGUGCACUUUUACAAAGAUGAAUCUUAUAAACACCGAAUCUUAUAACCUCUUCUCAUUAUUCUUUUAAUAACAAACAAUAUAUUUGAUCUGUUUUUACUGUUCAGGGUUUUUUCUCAGGUUCUGGUGAUUAAUAUAUUUUAAUGGCAGAAAUGUACUUUUUGGUGAACUGUCCCUUUAAUGUGCUGAAUGUUGUGCUGAAUAUUGUAUGUUUUAAUCAGGGAGGUGCACAGUGGAAAAAAGGCCACUUCUCAUGUAUGUUUUAAUUUUUUCUAAACAAAAUGUUAAAUAUAUUAAAACAACUAUUUUUUAAAUCCCUUACACUCA